CGGCGACGUGCUCGGCUGCCGCCAUCUUGCGAGCCUGUCGUCCGGUCGGUGCCGGACGCUUCCUUGACGCAGCACCGUUGCCCGACCCGGAGGCGGACUGGCAGCCCUGAGCGUCGCGGUCAUGCCGGCCGGACCCGUGCAGGCGGUGCCCCCGCCGCCGCCGGCGGCCGCCGAGCCCAAACAGCCUGCCGAAGAAGAUGCCUCUUCAAAGGAGGAUUCUACCCCUUCCAAGCCAGUGGUGGGGAUUAUUUACCCUCCUCCGGAGGUCAGGAAUAUUGUGGACAAGACCGCCAGCUUUGUGGCCAGAAACGGACCUGAAUUUGAAGCCCGGAUCCGACAGAAUGAGAUCAACAACCCCAAGUUCAACUUCCUGAACCCCAAUGAUCCUUACCAUGCCUACUACCGCCACAAGGUCAGCGAGUUCAAGGAGGGGAAGGCUCAGGAGCCCUCGGCCGCCAUCCCGAAGGUUAUGCAGCAGCAGCAGCAGGCCGCGCAGCAGCAGCUCCCCCAGAAGGUCCAGGCCCAGGUGAUCCAAGAGACCAUCGUGCCCAAAGAGCCCCCUCCAGAGUUUGAGUUCAUCGCAGACCCCCCCUCCAUCUCUGCCUUCGACUUGGAUGUGGUCAAGCUCACAGCUCAGUUUGUGGCCCGGAAUGGGCGCCAGUUCCUGACCCAGCUGAUGCAGAAAGAGCAGCGCAACUACCAGUUCGACUUCCUCCGCCCCCAGCACAGCCUUUUCAACUACUUCACCAAGCUGGUAGAACAGUAUACCAAGAUCUUGAUCCCACCCAAAGGUUUAUUUACAAAGCUCAAGAAAGAGGCGGAGAACCCCCGAGAAGUUCUCGAUCAGGUGUGCUACCGAGUGGAGUGGGCCAAGUUCCAGGAGCGUGAGAGGAAGAAGGAAGAGGAGGAGAAGGAGAAGGAGCGGGUGGCCUAUGCACAGAUUGACUGGCACGAUUUUGUGGUGGUCGAAACGGUGGAUUUCCAACCCAAUGAGCAAGGGAACUUCCCGCCCCCCACCACCCCAGAGGAGCUCGGGGCACGAAUCCUCAUUCAGGAGCGCUACGAGAAGUUUGGGGAGAGUGAAGAGGUUGAGAUGGAGGUUGAGUCUGAUGAGGAAGAUGAGAAACAGGAGAAGACCGAGGAGCCGCCUUCUCAGCUGGACCAGGACACCCAAGUCCAAGACAUGGACGAGGGUUCAGAUGAUGAAGACGAAGGGCAGAAAGUGCCCCCACCGCCAGACACACCCAUGCCUCCGCCUCUGCCCCCAACUCCAGACCAGGUCAUUGUCAGGAAGGACUAUGACCCCAAAGCCUCCAAGCCCCUGCCUCCAGCCCCAGCUCCAGAUGAGUAUCUGGUGUCCCCCAUCACCGGGGAAAAGAUCCCUGCCAGCAAAAUGCAGGAACACAUGCGCAUUGGGCUUCUCGACCCCCGCUGGCUAGAGCAGCGAGAUCGCUCCAUCCGCGAGAAGCAGAGUGACGAUGAGGUGUAUGCACCAGGUCUGGAUAUUGAGAGUAGCUUGAAGCAGUUGGCUGAGCGUCGUACCGACAUCUUCGGUGUGGAAGAAACUGCCAUUGGUAAGAAGAUUGGCGAAGAGGAGAUCCAGAAGCCCGAAGAAAAGGUGACCUGGGAUGGCCACUCCGGCAGCAUGGCCCGUACCCAGCAGGCUGCCCAGGCCAAUAUCACCCUCCAGGAGCAGAUCGAGGCCAUCCACAAGGCCAAAGGCCUGGUGCCAGAAGAUGACACCAAAGAGAAGAUCGGCCCCAGCAAGCCCAAUGAAAUCCCCCAGCAGCCUCCCCCGCCGUCUUCCGCUACCAACAUCCCCAGCUCGGCCCCACCCAUCACCUCGGUGCCCCGGCCGCCCGCAGUCUCUCCCCUGCAGAUGCCGCCUCCUGUUCGUACCACAGUCGUGUCUGCAGUGCCUGUCAUGCCUCGGCCCCCGAUGGCCUCUGUGGUCCGAUUGCCCCCAGGCUCGGUGAUCGCCCCCAUGCCGCCCAUCAUCCAUGCACCCAGGAUCAAUGUGGUACCCAUGCCGCCCUCGGCACCUCCCAUCAUGGCACCUCGCCCACCUCCCAUGAUCGUGCCAACAGCCUUCGUGCCUGCUCCACCCGUGGCCCCUGUCCCUGCCCCAGCCCCGAUGCCCCCUGUCCACCCGCCACCUCCCAUGGAAGAUGAACCGACCUCCAAGAAGCUGAAGACGGAGGACAGCCUCAUGCCCGAGGAGGAGUUCCUGCGCAGAAAUAAGGGUCCAGUGUCCAUCAAAGUCCAGGUGCCCAACAUGCAGGAUAAGACGGAAUGGAAACUGAACGGGCAGGUGCUGGUCUUCACGCUCCCUCUCACAGACCAGGUCUCUGUCAUCAAGGUCAAGAUUCACGAAGCCACUGGCAUGCCUGCCGGGAAACAGAAGCUGCAGUAUGAGGGCAUUUUCAUCAAGGAUUCCAACUCGCUGGCCUACUACAACAUGGCUAAUGGCGCUGUCAUCCACCUGGCCCUCAAGGAGAGAGGCGGGAGGAAGAAAUAGAAGCGAGACCUGUCAGGUCCCAGCUGUUGCCACUGGGUCCCUCCUCUCCUCCCAUCUCCUGUCCCACACCCUGGAAACUCCGCUUGCACAUUUUUUCUCCCUCCUACCAAGUUUGGAAGUUGUCACUGACCUACAGUGAUUCCUUGCCCGGGCCCACCCUCCCUCCUGUGAUGAGCUGCGGAGCUUUCCGAGCCUCCGCCCCGUGAGCUCUGCAAUCUCGCUGUGUAAGCCUCGGUCUGCAGGGGCGCCAUUUCUUCAGGCAGCCUUUUAGAAGGUAGGAGACGCAGGAUAGAUAGCACCAUAGUGCCAGGUGGUGCUUCAGUGAUAGUAUGUCGUAGACCUUUGUCAUUAAUCAUUUUGUAUCUUACCCUGUGCUGUCUAAUAAACUUCUUGGACCCUU